ACCUAUACUUGUAUAAUGCGACCUAUUAACCGAAAUAUUUUUGAAGAAAACCGUUAUAUCAUCAUAGGGGGUCUUUACCGAUUGAUAUUUUAACAUUGUUUUCCACCGACUAGUUCCAUAUUUGUAGCAGAAACCGUAAAUGUCUUUUGCUUUCAGAAUUCCUGUAUUGUGUAAUUAUUUCCGUUCAACCGUACAUUUUCUGAGUCGAGAGCGGUCUUUCAACUUGUUCAGUUUUUCCGUCUCUUCAGUUGUUUCUGUUUCUUUCCGAGCCGGCUGAUUGACCGAACAAUGGUGGGGCAAGGUUCCCAAGGAGAGGGGAGGUACUUCUUCAGCGCAGGGCGCUGAAGCGGCUGAAGGUCAGAGGAAAAUUAAUUGAGAUCGUGCUGUGGAGAAAAGUGCCGAAGGUGGAAUUGGAAAUUUUGAUUAUUACGUCAGGAAGACAAAAGUUUAAGGAUGCGCCGUUAUAGUUUGGGGAGACCGCUACGGUUCCGAUCCAUCACGCCGCCUCCACCGUCACCGCCUCCGCCCCCACCGUCACCGUCACCGUCACCGUCAACACCCCUACCGUUACCGUCUCCUCCGUCCAGGGAGUCGUCGCCAGCCAUGAGCCUGUGGACGGAUUUUGAGUGCCCCAGGCCAGUAACCACAGAUGCGAGUACCAAUACCGUGAGGCCAGCCACCAGAACCGUUGGCACCAAUGGAAUUCAGGUAUUCCUUGAGCUGGGACCACGAAGCUGUUGGAGGUGUGGUGGUGAAGGCCACACCAGGGAGAGAUGCCAAGGAGUAAGGGUCAAAUUCUGCUCCAGAUGCGGCCUUAUGGGGGAAUUGUCCCGCGACUGCUGUGUAGGGGCACCCAACCGAGUGCGAGAAACACCGACGAGGCCUAUCCCAGUUCCGUUAUCCACCGACCACCGUUUAUCCACCGACCACCGUUUAUCCACCGACCACCGUUUAUCUACCGACCACCGUUUAUCUACCGACCACCGUUUAUCCACCGACCACCGUUUAUCCCCACCGUCGAGAAACCGGGAAGAAGAAGAGAACGAGAACGAAGAAGCCUGGCUGCCGGACCUGCGGCUCAGACCGGCCGCCCCAGCAGCGCCCACACCGUCGCCGACCCUUAGGAAGAAGGUUAAGGUCGACUGAUCGACACCGAUUAAUGUAUUUUUUUUCUUCUUUUUUUUUUCUUCCUUCUAUUAAACUUACCGUUCCGUAAACCGCCUUUGAUCUGCCCUUAAUAAUUGGUGGAUGCGCUACCGUAUCUACCGUCAAAUUUCUAUUAGCUAGUUCAUUAUGCCGGAAAACAACUCCGAGGUCAAUAACCCCGCAGCAUUCGUUUGUUCACAGGCUAAAACCAACCGAUACCGACGAACACAGCGAGUUGGAAAAAAAUAAAAC